GCCAGGGCCUGGGUGCAAAUCCGCCGGCUCUGGGAGACCGAGCCUGUAGAGGAGACCCACCAAGGAAGACUCUGCACAGGAAGCCAAUUGCAAAUCCCCUCGGCUUCUCACCUGCUGCUUUGGAAGCCCCCCUGGCUGCUGCGCCUUCACACCAGUGAUCCUCCCUGCCCUCGAGAGGGACGCCGCCCACUGCCAGGUGUCGCAGGUGUGGCGGAUUCCGGGAAGCCUCCGAAGAGUGAAAGUGAACGCGAAAAGCAAGCGGCUGAUUUCCGCUUCGGGAUGACUCUUUGGAGGCUGGUCGCCCUCUUGUCCUUCAGCCGGGUUCUCCUAGGUGAAAUGCUCCUUCCACCCCCUCCGAAUGUGACCCUUGUGUCAAAGGAUUUCAAUCUGUUCUUGACAUGGCUGCCGGGGGCUGAUUACCCACCUGGGGUGUUCUACAGUGUUCAGUGGACUAAUGUUUAUAACGACUGGAAGGACUUUCUGCCCUGUAGAAACAUCUCAGAAACAGUCUGCAACAUAACGUGCGCUUCUCCAGACGUGUUCCACAGCUAUGAUGUCCGAGUGAAAGCUCAGGCCAGUGCUGGAACCAGUGCCUCAGCAUGGGUGAACUGGGAAGGCAUAGAGUACGAAGUUGAUGUGAAACUCGCUCCCCCAGAUUUGCAAGUAAGGAAGAAUGGGGACACCAUUGUAGUGAAUGCCACUUUCUCCUACCCCUUGUGCUUGAAGGAUCUAUUUCAUGAUUUGACCGCUGACUUGGAAAUUAGGGAAGUUGGAACCAACAACACAGAAAAAAUCACAGUGAAGAAUACAGAGGACUUUGAUGCUUCUGUUUUCAACGGCAACGAAUACUGCUUCAGUGCGCGAGCGAAGUUAGAUAACAUGCACAGCAACUUCUCAGAGCCAACUUGCCUGCAAUUACACAAAGCAGGUGCCUGGGCAUUCGCUGCUGUCCCAGUGCUCCUCCUGUUCAUCUUGGUUCUUUUCAUCGUCCUUCUUCUCUACCAGUCCAAAAGUAGACCUGUCAAAAGCCCCCAGGCUUUGGAAUUUUCCAGCCUUAAAUAUCCGAAGAAGUUCUUGGAAUUCAACAAAAAGGAAUUCAUCAGUGUCUUGACAUGCCCUGGACACCCUGUUGGAGUUGAAAAUAGAAGUAGGCUUAUACCCCAGGUUCGUUCACAGUUGGUUCCGGCUGUGUUAGAAGAAUAUGGGCAUGAAGAGGAGGAGGAUGAAGAAGAUGAUGAAGAUGAUGAUGAUGAUGAUCCUGGCAGCCACAUACCAUAUACAGAAAUUCGUCCAUUCCAGAAGAAUGAGCUACACAGCCAGAUGGUUGGUCUGGAUGAGAAAGGGUCCAAACCAUGCUCUGAAUCUGACAGUUCUGAGCUUGAUGAAGGCUCUAUGCCAGGUUUAUGCCAAGGAUCUAUGCCAAGGUCCUUUGUUUUGACAAACACAGUCUUUGAGGAGACACAUUCCAGGUACCAUGGGUGUGAGACCCCUUCACUUUCUGCAGGUACCUCUUCAGAGAAAUCCUCGGCAUGUUCAGACUGUUACCUGGCUUCUCAAAGAGGUCUGGAAGAUUUGGAUCACAAUACAGAGGUCUUGUUUCAGUUGUCUGACUGUAACCUCCCCACUGGGAAAUUAUUUAUACCUUUAGAAAGUGUUUGGGACGCUAGUUUUGGGACCCUAGGAGACCAACAAAUAUCACUGUUUAGAGAACAAAACCAUCAGGACUUCUGUGACCUCUUUCUUGAGGAUGAGAAACUAUCUGCAAAUUACUCUUGUGGUUAUAAAGGAGAUGUGGUUGAAGAGUCUCCUUUGAAGGUGCCUUCUAGAGAUGACUUGGAAGACAGUAUGCUGGGUGGAAACAAGGGCUCCGUAGCGGACUGUUCUCCACAACCUAAAUACCAUGGAUAUCGGUCCAGGCCUGUGCAUUAUCUUUCAAGAAUUUUACCGGAAUGAUUGGUACCGGCCUCCUCAGAGUACCCACAGAGAUUAGACGUUUCUUCCCAUCGAGAUCAGAUUUGCAAAUUUUGCACUAACAUGUCCAAAUUCUACAAUAAGGAGAGGCAAAUGGGAAUCACAGAUUCAUUGCCCAGAAGAUAUUGUGUGAAUCAGGCUUGUGCACAUUUUUUAGUUUCACUCAAGGCUUUUUGGAGUGUGACAAUAAUUAGCGUGUACAUCCUGUUUCCCUGCAUUUGUUCCAUCGUGUUCAUUGGUAACAGAGACACACAGGGCAACAAGAAGCUAUUGAGCUCUCUAUAUGCAAAAAAAGUAUUAAUUCUGAAUGGAGACUUUGCCAUGAGAUUUUGAAUUUUCUCCUGAAACUGAUGCCCUUUCUGCACAGCGGCAGCAGUACUUCUCCACCGGCAUAAUUUAUGCCGGUGGAGGUGUGGGGACUGCUUGCACGAGCAGUCCCAGCUCCCUCCCUCUCGGUCGCCCUCCCCCACUCACCUGCCUCUCCAGCAUCGCUCUGAAAACCCCUGGAUGUCGGAGUAUAGUGUGGGCGGGUCCCUGCAGUUCUCCAAAGCAUCACUGGAGAGGCAGGUGAGUGGGAGCGACGGGGAAAGAGGCGACUUCCCUGCGGUGUGGUUCACACCGCGCCACUGGGAAGAUGCAGUUUUUAAAAAACCUCGCUCAAUGAGCGAGGUUGUUAGGGACAGCUUCACGCUGCCCAGGGAAAGGCAGGACAGCGCUACUGCGAUGCAGGAACGCCGGCCAUGAGACUGCUCUCCCAGGGACUGCGUUUUUGCCGUCCCUGGGACGCUUCAUUUGGUCUGUGCGGAAAGGGCCUGAGUGGCAGAUACCAGGGCUCUUGGUAGGCCAAACCCAGUGAGAUGAAUAUUAAUCCAGAACAAGGGUAUCAUCUAUAUAGCAAUUACAAGACUGAGAAAACUGGCUGGUUUAAUAAGCAGAGAUUGAUAACCUGAAGAAGGAAUCUAUAGUGAUGAUGAGAGAACUGGCAAGAAAUUGUAGGAGCUGAAGUGGCAGAUUAUGGGCAUCAUAUCCAGAACUGGUAAUCAAUACUAUAUAAACCCCCAACCAAUCAGGAGGCUAGGCUGGGGCCUAUCAGAGCCUGAUAAAUGCAUGAAGAAGUGGUGAUAGGGAGAGAGAUUUUACCACUGUUGUCUUUUAAUGCUGCAAGUGUGGCUGAACAUAAACACUUCUCUCCCUAGACCAUAGCCAGCCAAAUUGGGUUCCAAAAUCUAGUGGGUUUUCUUUUCCACAAGAGGUGACUUCCAGUUGUUAGUGCUGGAUACUCUGCAAUUAUGAGUACGACUUAUACAGUGCAGUCAUUCUGAGGGUUAUUUUUUAAGAUAAAUUUUGAUCACAGCUCCUUAUGUCUGAACAAGUUUGCAGAACUGAAAGAACUCUGCUGGGAAGCCUGAACAAGAUUGUGGUGGAGUCUUCCAUGUUGCUUUGCACAUUUGCCUCACUUCCUGGUAGAGUCUCGCGACAUACUGGUGUCUGCACCCUUACCAGCAUAUUGUCCAAGUCUUCUGAACAGUUCUGACAUCACCCUGGUGUGCAGUGCUAGAAUACAGUGUGGUUCUGUUAUGUCAAAGAUGUGUCGGGCUAUUCUGGCCAUCAGACACCCAUCAGACUGUUCCCAAGCCAAUUUUGGCAUCUGCCCAUGAAUCAUGUGGAGUUCAGCCUGGGAAAAAAUAGCUAUGGAGGUCACUCAUUGGUUGACUUAUGGAACCAGUGCACAUUCUGAUUCAGUCUUGACUUCCAACGAUGCAAGUUUCUGGCUUUCAUGAACAAAAUGUGGAUAGAAUUAUUUGUUGCUCAAAACCAAAGCUUCAGAUAUGAAACACCUCAGCAUCAAAAAGGUUCUGUAGGAGCCUUUGAGCUUCAAUUCAGUAUUCCUAUGCAGUUGCCAGGAUAAGAAACAUGUUUGCAUAUUUGGAGAGUUAGUUAUGUAAUUGGUAAAAUAUAUCCCUUUAUAAAGGCUGCUGUUGGAACCGAAAUCCACUUCACUUGAACACAAGAGGGCAUCUGAGAUCCUGAACUGUUACUAUGGUGGAUCCAACCAUGUUAAUGAAACUGAAGAUCCCUCCUGUUUUCUUAAGCAGAGAAUAGUGAUUUUUGCUCAUUUCACAUACCCUACACACCUCCAUAAUGUUGUUCCUAAAAAUUUGUUAAACUUUCCUCCAUAACAACAUUUCCAGGGGCUACAGUGGGCUGGAGAAAGCUGUGAAAUUUACCACCCCUUCUUGAAACCUGAAGGCAGCUUAAGAUUUUCUGAACUGCAUGGUUGGAUUGACAGUGCUACAGGUUCAAAUAUAGUUCUUCUGCUAUAGACCAACAUGACUACUUAUCUGAAACUUUGAUGGUACAUUUCUGCUUACAUAAAUAGAGCAUUAACGAUGCAUAUGCUAGCCCAGGGGUGUCCAAAUCUGG